AUGUCACAAGGAAAAGUACCUCAGAAUAGAAUAGCAAGAUGGCUAGACUUCCUAUCUGAAUAUGAUUUCGAAAUCCAACAUCUCUCAGGAACCAAGAAUAAUGCCGCUGAUGCAUUAUCUAGAAUCGGAAUUAAUAACGUCGAACUUCGUUUUACAGCUAUUCCACAGGAUUAUGACUUCUCAGAAGAUUAUGAGAUAGAUAAGAAUUUUGGUGUUAUUUAUGAUUGCCUAAAGAAUAACAAGCAACCACCAAAAGAAAUUAACAACCAUAUUCGUCAUUUUCUGUUACAAGGAAAUCAAUUGUUCUAUUCAGUUAAUGUGGGAAUGGACCAAACACUCGAUCGACUAUGUGUCCCAAAAAGUGAAGUCAGAAAUACAUUAAUUCAGAAAUAUCACAAUCCACCAGAAGAAGGUCAUUUUGGAACUUAUAAAACGUAUUAUGCACUUGCUGAUGCAUUUUACUGGCCGAAAAUGUUUAAAGAUGUAAAUCAAUUCGUAAAAUCGUGUCUUAUAUGCCAACAAAGCAAGAGUUUAACGCAGAGAACACAAAAUCUUCUACAACCUUUACCGAUACCUCAAGACAGAUGGACAUCCAUCAGUAUGGAUUUCAUAACUGGAUUACCACCUACAGUACAAGGAUGUGAUACUAUUAUGGUAAUAGUUGACAGAUUCACAAAAGUAGCUCAUUUUAUUCCAACAAUAAAAGGUAUUACAGGAGAGCAAGCUGCAAAAUUAUUUAUCGAUAAUGUAAUACGACUACAUGGAUUACCACAAGAAAUAGUAUCAGAUAAAGAUCUUACUUUCUUGUCAUUAUUUUGGAAAACUAUACAAUCUAGUUUUGGAACUGAACUUAAAUUCUCAACAACAAACCAUCCAGAAACAGAUGGUCAAACGGAAAGAGUCAAUGCAAUAGUUAACAGACUACUAAGAAGUUAUGCUGCAAACGAGCAUGCCGCUUGGCAAGAUUAUAUAUCAGCUUUAGAAUUUGCGUACAAUAGCAGUCACCAAACUUCCAUACAAACAACACCCUUCAUGGCAGAUUUAGGUAGAUCACCACAAAUACCAAAUGCCGAAGAAAUGAUUGAUCAACUGUAUUCAUCCAAAGCACAUGAAUUAGCUAUAAAAUUGAAAGCAAUUUAUACAAGAACACAAGAUCUAAUAAUGGAAGCUCAAGCUGAACAAGAGAAAUAUGCAAACAAGAAAAGAGAAGCCAUCAAAUAUGAAAUAGGAGACUUCAUAUUGCUUCACAGAGAUGCAUAUUUAACCCAUACACAAUACUUUAAAUUACAACCUGUAUAUUUUGGCCCCUAUCGAAUUGUAGGCCAAUCAGGAGAAAACGCUUUUGAAGUGGAUAUUCCUAUUACUUCAAAAAAGCACCGAAUUAUUAAUUCAAAAUGGUUUAGAAAGUUCGAUGAAAGAUCUCAAAAUUACACCAAAAAACCGCCCAUAACAGAAUAUGAAGCUAUACAAAGAGCUCAAAACAAAGAAAUAAUUGGAAUUGCAGGUUAUAACAAACUGACUCAAAAAUUUGAUGUCUAUUGGCUGGACUGCCACCCAGGCCAUUCAAGUUCAUUAAGAAAGGAAAUGUUUUUCCGUUAUGUACCUGAAAUUCAAAGAAAUUCAUUACUCGCAAAUUUGCGUAUCUUGUACCCUGAUUUAGUUUGA